GAAGCUGCGGGAUCAUAUAUAUACUCGUCCACAUUCGUUGAUUUUGUUGGUAGAGCCGGGGGUAUGCCGCACCAGAAACUUCUGCAUGCACUGAAAGCACAUGGCCUAGACAGCUUGUAUUCCCAGGUCCUCUCAAAUGCUUUAUAUCCAGAUGGUACCCCGGUUCCCAUGGCUGAUCUCUUACGGAUCAUGGGCAUCCUCCUCCUAAUCCAACGUCCACUACCCAUCAAACAUCAAGCUACCAUAAUGAAUAUUCCCCCACGACCCCUUGUAGAAUCGUUCCUUAGCAUUCAGUCCAUCCUCCUCAUGCCCGAAUCUGACGACGAUCCAGUGCAACUGGUCCACACAUCUUUGCGCGACUUCUUGAUGACCCCAGCACGUUCGGGAGCCUAUUUCAUUGAUCCUCCUAUUCGUCAUAUCUCCAUUGCCAUUGGGUGCCUAGAUAUCAUGACAAAAAAUAAAACAGAGUUUUGGUUUACGGAUGAACCAUUGCGAUACGCUUGCACAGAGUGGUUGGAUCAUCUUCGGAAAGCAUUACCUGCAGAAGAAGGGCAUUGUCCUUCGGAUUUGUCUUUAUCUGUCUCACUUAAAUAUUCUCUGACGAAUUUCACUAACAGUUCCCUUGGUCCUUGGCUGCAUUCUAUGAUUAUAUUUACCAAAUUAGCAAAGACAGAAUCAAGUUGUUCCCCACUAGAACUCUCGCGAUACCCUCAAAGUUUACAGUCGACUUUAACUAGCCUAAAUAAUAUGCUAGGCCAAACAAUUGUGCGAACCGUCUGUCAUUUUACAUGGUACAUAAUGAUGAAGCAUCUUCAACCUUUGGCCUACCACAAUCGAAAUCAGCUUGAACGAAUUUAUCAGCAGCCAGACAUCUGGCUGACUGCCGUGGCCCCGGUGACGUUCUCAGCAAGGAGGAUCGAAGAAACAGAGGCGAGCCUGAACCGGCAUCCGUUUUGAGAGAAGCCUUCUUUGCGGUGCCGUAACAUUCAAGGGGUUUUCAGUGUACAGGAUGAUUUGUCAAGGUGCAUUACCGCUAUGAAUGAGACAAGGUAUGGGUAAUACUGUCUGCGUAUGCUGCCAGACUGCGACUUCAAAUUAUGAGCAUUUUUUCUGGUUCGUUUCGGAGGCUGUGUCCUUUCAUGGUGUUUACGCUGCGUGGGUCGAGGUUAGAGCCGAAGAAGAUGUGAGAGAGAGUAUUUGGAUGGGCGGAAACGGAUAGGAAGAUAAUGGGAUGAGCGGAAGUAUGGAUGGGCUGGAAGGAAGGGAGUUGGACAAGGCGUGUUUUCUUUUGUUCUUUGUGAUGUAUGUUUUCUCCGUGAUGUAUGUCUGCUCUGUGAUGUAUUCAACGUGCCAGGUUGCAUGUGUUCUGAUUGCUCUGAUUGUUGUUCUGUCAAAUU